AUGGGGAACUUUUUGGACGUUGACGUCGACGUAGACUGGCUAUACAAGGGCAAGCGGAAACACAAAGAGCCCCGAAAAGAUGUGCGGAAAGAAGUACGGAAACCGCGGUCAUCGUCGGUGUCCAAUGGCUCUCUGAGCCAUUCGAACAUUUCUGCCGCGUCUGUGGGAGAUACCAAGGUGCCAGCUGCUGCUGCAGUACCGGUUCAACCUGCAACAACAGCCGCGGCGGCUGCGGCUGCGCCGCCGCCGCGGCAGACGCAAGCCCAAGCCCAAACUCAGAUCCUACCACAGACUCCAGCGCGAAAAUCAAGCGGAAGUGUGCGAACGAGCGUCGACGGUGAAGCCGAGGGAUCAGGACUGCGGCGCUCUGUCUCGAACGGCGAGAAAGCACGCAAGUCCCUGUUCGGGUCGUUGUUUCGCCGUAACAGCAACAGCGCAGCGGACAAAAUAACGCCCAGUCUCGGUUUGAAGGGCGACAAAAAAGACGGCGGCAGCGAGAAACCCGAAAAAUCGGCUGCAAUGUCGAUUCCUAAAGUGCGGUCUCGCUCGGCGUCCAACUCGAGCGGCACGCAACCACUGGCAGCCGCGAUGGCGCAUUAUCUAAAGGAACCUUCGUCGCCCGAAGUGCGAGACCCACCACCCAUACACGAAGAGCGUGUCGUUUUGAAUCGCAACACGCGCAGAGAGUCCACACCCAUCGAGUCUCUGUCCAAGAUAAACCUCGGCCGCGUGCGGUUUGCCGUCGACCAGUUUGGAAUGGACCCACCACAACAGAUUCCUAGCCGCAAGCCUCGAAGAGGUAACGUGCUUGUGCCGGAAGACAUGAUAAGUUCUACUCCUUCGAUCUCGGUAGGUAUCACCAACACACAAGGCAGCAUCGAACAAGCCUCGUCCCAGUAUUCGAAGGAUUCGCGGGAUUACAAAAUAGCGCUGGACGCCCACCGUCGCGCCUUACAAGAGUCCAACAAACAUCAACAAGAGGCUCACUACGCAGCUCAACGGAUAGCCACCGAAGUGAGCAAUUUCAAAACCAAGGCAGGUAGCGGCGCACCGGCGACUGCGUCAACCUCGGCCGCAGCCAAUGCCGCUACCGCUGUCCCUGUAAUUGAUGAAAAAAUGCGGAAUCUAGAAAUUGACAAACCAAUUCAUAUGCAUGAAAACCAUUUUCAAGAGGACAUCGACUCUCACGCUUCAAGCGCAGAUGACAAACUGACAUUAGACAGAAUAUACACCAGAUGUUGUCAUCUCCGCGAAAUAUUACCCAUUCCCUCGACCUUGAGACAGGUAAAGAACAGAACUGCACCAUUGCAAACGCUCAAAUUUUUAAAUCCUCGACCUACACUCAUAGACAUUCUAUCCUUCUGCGAUUUCAUUUCCAUUGUUCCCAUUCACAACAUAAUAUUUGACAACGUAUAUCUGUCUCCGGAGAUGUUCAGAAUUGUCAUGUCUUCGCUCGUGAACUCCAAAUUUGUCGAGAAGGUUGGACUUAGAAACGUCACAAUCGAUGCCGCUGGCUGGAAACUCUUAUGCAAAUUCCUUUUGAUGAAUGAAUCAAUUGUGAAAUUAGAUAUCUCUCAAACUAAGAUCAAGUCCGACACUCGCGAAGAACUAUUACGGUCAAACAUGGAUUGGCAACUCUUCAUCAACAUUUUACAGUUAAGGCGAGGGAGACCUCUGGAAGAGUUACUAAUCAACGGCAUCAAGUUUGAAAGCUUAGACACUUUCAUACAUCUUUUGAACGCUUACGCUAUGGCAGGUGUUGGAAACAAGAAACGCCUGGGGCUUGCCCAGUGUGACCUUAAUGCGCAACAGCUCAAGUUCAUCUUUACAUGGGCCAGUGAUUAUAAGGUUCAAGGCGUGGACUUAGCAUUUAAUGAUUUGAGCGACUUUAUCAAGCCGCUGGUGGGUAAAUUGAGUACCCUGAGCUUCCCAGAUCUUCAGUAUUUCACUCUUAACAACACCAACAUACAGAGUGCCUAUGACGCUGCUUUAGUUCUUCGAUCUCUGUCAAAACUGCCCAAUCUUUACUUUUUGGAUUUAAGCAGCUUGCCACAGAUCUUUCCGGACAUCCUUCCCUAUCUGAACAAGUAUCUUCCUCGGUUUGCCAAUCUUAAGCGGCUUCAUAUCGACAAUGAAGAUUUUUCAGGUCGAGAAUUGGCAAUGAUGGCCAGCAUCCUAACCAAAUGCAAGGAACUUUUGCACGUUUCGAUUCUGAAUUUACCAAAAGAAGCUUUGAGUACGGGUGCUUGCGCAGGUUUGUACGAUUUUGUCAGGCAAUCGAGCAAAGUUACAAACUUGGAUGUUGACUACGCGAAUAUUCCAGAUGAAAUUUCUUCACGUAUUGCCCUGAGUCUCAUGCGUAGAAUGCAACAUGACUUUGAAUUCGAUGAAGUGGCGAGUCAAGACGAUUUACUCUUUGAUGGCACUUUACUCGCAGAAACAGCGGAAAACAUGUUUGAAAAAUUUAACAAUUUCGAGGGUAUAGAGACAGAUGCCACCAGAAGGUAUCUACUCAAGAGGUAUUGGGAGAAAUUUACUCGGGUUGACCAUAAUGUGCAGAACACCAUUGACCAACUGUUUGAAAAGAGAAGUAAAGGUGAAUUAAAUCUUCAAGGGAAGGAAAACUUGCUCAGAUUGCUUUUGCUAGAGAAUAGUCUUUCGAAUAUUCUGGAUGUUUUGAAAUCGCAUCCUCAAGUUGCCGAAAUGGUAGGGAUUGAGACCACUGCUGGUCAAACACUGACCGAUAGCGAUCCAAUGACUGCCAGUGUUGACACUGAAAAUGGCGCCCAAGUCAGACCUCACUUGAUGGCUACGGACUCUGGAAGAACCAUAGAUUUAACGACUGGAAGGCCGAUCUUAUCGAAAACCUCUUCGCAUGUGUCGUUAGUUGGCAAAAAGCAAGAGGAAGAAGAAGGUGAAUUCCAUAAAUGGGGUUUCUUUGUCCAGCAACAACGGUCGAUUUAUCCCGACAAUCCCCCCGAAAAACCGGCACACAUCAAAGAAGUCACCAAGACAAAUGAUGAACAGGUUUUUAAGUCUUCUUCAAGCUCUCCUGGACCAACUCAACAACCACCUCAAGCUCUGGUAGGAAGAGUCCCCACGGGAGCCGAGCUCAAAGAUGCGGUGAUGAGAGCCAAAGGUAUCAAAUCGAUAGAAGAACUGAUACAAAAUGUAAAUCACAACCGCGUUACAUUAGACAACAUUUAUGGACAUCCGGUCCACCCCAUGUCCUCGCAUUCUGAUGAAUCUGCCCAAAAGGCUUCGAUAAUUAGCGCAGCUUUCAAAUCUAGUGAAAGCGGUUCUGAUAUUUCAUCGGAUGAGGAAAAAAAUGAGAAAGUGGAUGAAACUUAUGACAUAGUUCUCAACAAUUUGAGCCGCACUAGGUCGAACAAGUAG